AUGCACCGAAGCGCCCGGGCCAGUGGAGGGGUGCAGAGGAGUGGGUCUGCAGCGGCUGUCGGUCUGUCCCCGGUCGGUGUCUCUGCUCGGUGCCGGUGUGUGGGCUCUCUCAGUUGCGGUAGGAGCGUGCACACCGUCCCCGCUCGGGCUGGUCUGUGUCCCCGAGCUCUGGGUUUGCUCUGGUGUGUUCUGCUGCAGAGGAGAUUCUUCCUGUUCGUCACAUUUGCCUACAUUCAAAUGCGCGGGAUGUUUGCAUGCUGCGGAGACGAGGCUGGGUCACGGCUCCACGGGACAUCACGGGGACACUAG